AUGGUAACUCUGGCAACGAGUAUACCAAUUGAAACAUUGCGAUUGCUGACCAAAGAUUACGACAGCCCUCAAAGUCCUCAAAGCUCAGUCAGAAGUGAUAAUGGAUAUCAAUUCAGCUAUUCUACUGAUGACCAAUCUCGCGAUGAACACGCCGUAAUCGUUGUCCACAGUGACGGGGGAAAAGCGGUAGAAAUUUUCGACGUUUCAGGAACUUAUUCCUUCAUCGGGGACGAUAAUCGCAGAUAUACUGUUGAAUAUACGGCUGGAAUCAAUGGAUAUCGGGCUAAUUUGGUGAUUUCUGAUGUCACGCCACCUCCUGUUUAUCACAUAGAUCCCAAUGCACUGAAAUCCCUCGUUGGAUAA